GGGGCGGGAGCGGGGCGAGCCCCAAGAGGCGUCCUCGCUCGCCCUCUCAUGGCCGCCCGUUUCCAGCCUUCGCGCCCUCGCUUGGCUCCCUCUCCCGGGGUCCGGCGCUGCGCGUGCGCCAACUUCCUGCCGCUAGGUCGGCCCCGCAGCGGGGGCGGCGACGACACCAGGGCCGGCGACACCAGGGCCGGCGGCGGCUGCGCACGCGAUCUCCGCCUUCCCCAGCUCGGCUGGCCCUGAGGUCUCCCGCCCACCCGGCCGCCAUGGCCGAGAAGGACUUCGCGGGGGAGCCGAGUCCUGCCUGCGUGGCGGCCUCCGCAGCGGCCCUGGAGGACCCGGACUCGCCUGGGACCCCGGACUCGCCUGGGACCCCGGAGUCCAGGGACUACGACAGCAGCUGCGUGUUCUGCCGCGUGGCGGCCGGCCAGGAACCCGACACUGAACUCUUGCACUGCGAGAACGAAGACCUAGUUUGCUUCGAAGAUAUCAAACCAGCGGCACAUCAUCAUUAUCUUGUGGUGCCAAAGAAGCAUAUUAGAAAUUGCAAGGAACUAAACCGAGAUCAAGUAGAAAUGGUUGAGAGCAUGGUAGCUGUUGGUAAAGCCAUUCUUGAGAGGAAUAAUUUCACCGACUUUACAGAUGUGAGAAUGGGUUUCCAUAUGCCACCAUUCUGUUCCAUUUCUCAUCUGCACCUUCAUGUCAUAGCACCAGUGAAACAGUUUGGCUUCUUAUCAAAAUUGAUUUACAAACCAAAUUCUUACUGGUUUGUCACAGUUGAUCAUUUGCUUGAAACACUAAGAAAGUAAAAAUGCAAACCAUGGACAAGUUCCUUAACCUACAGUUAAGCUACAGUUUUGCUCUCUUUGGAGUCUAACUGCACUCUGAAGGUUUGCUGCUAUACACAGCACUACAACUGAAGAGCCUUACAGUUUCCUUGAAUGUCUGUUUUUCAGAUCUGUAAUACAGUUGAGUACUGAGUCACUGAUUUCUUUGUUUUGAUGCUUACCUAUGUAAGGUUUUACACUUGAGAUACUGUAACUAAAUGUUUGUUUAGCACAAAUCCUGCUAAUCAAGAUGCAUUGUAUAUUUUUCAAAGUUCAGGUUUCAUUUGUUAGUAGUCUUAAUAAUAAUUUAUGAUGAGUAAAUUGGCAUAGAAAAUUGAAACCUUUUUACAGUGAAGGAGAAGAAAUUAGAAAUCUUACGAUAGUUUUAUAGUCUUACACAUACAUUUUCAAAGUAAAGAAUACCAUGCUACCAAUAUUCUGAUUUGAUUAUAGAAACAUUUAUAUAUGUGUCACUUUUUAUUGGUUUCAGACACACACAGCACACACACACACACACACACACACACACACUCAUAUAAUACAUUAGUUUCCGUUAGCUAUAGGGAAGAUAUCCUCUGAGUCUCUCAGUGAGUACCUGAAACCCAGGAUAAUACCAAACUAUAAUGUAUCCUGUGCUUUUUCUUUAUGUGUAUACCUUAGACAAAUAGUUUAUAACAGGCAUAGUAAGAGAUUAAUGACAAUACUAAUAAAGCAGUUAUAAAAAGGUACAAUUAAAAUACUGCUAAUGUUCUUGGUUGUGCAUUGUUGUUAUAUUAAGUUGAAUACAACUACUAUGAUGCUGUGACAGUUGAUUUGAUUACUCUAAGUGGGUAAUGCAUACAGACAGUGUGGAUGAUUUGUAUCACAGGUGAGAUAGAGUGGAAUGGUGUGAAAUUUCAUUUUUCUGUUCAGAAUUGAAUACGAUUUAAGAUGUAUGAAUUGUUUAUUUCUGGCCCUUCGUCUGAUAUUGUGGGUUAGUCAUAGAUAACUGAAACUGUAAGAGCCAGGUCAUAGAUGGUGAAACUUUAGAUAAGAGGGAACUACUUUCAUGUAAUUUUAAAUGAAUAUAGUAACCAGCAACAUGGUUAUCUUAAUAAAAUUUAUGUGUAAUUUUAUCUGUCAGGAGAUAAGGAAGAAACACAAAUUAGUAAUAUACGAAAACUGACAGAAACUGUUGUCAUAAGGUAUGCUUUUGUAUCAAAGGAAAAUGAAAGUAAUUAGUGGUUAGAUUCAGUCUUAUUAUGAAAAAAGACUUGGUUUGAAAGAAGAGACAUAAAUAGGGAGUUUAUCUUGCUAAAAUAGUGCUAAUAUUAUUGGUAUAUUAUUUAGUGAAGAGUGUUUAUUGAGAGUUGUCCUUUGGCUGUGUCUACAGACACAGUAGUGACUGAAGGUAGAUGAGGGCUUGAAAGAUGAUUCCACAUUGUUCCAGUGUCUAGUAGUGUUAUGUAUGCAGCAGGAAAGGGACAUGAAGACUAAUGCAUUGUAGAAAUCAGCUAAGAUUUCUAGUUUAUUGUUUCGGCAUGAUGUUAAGUGAUUUUAAGUAACCAACUAUUUGUUACAAGCUUGAUUACAAUAUCUGUAGUCUGGUGUUGUCUAUUUUGAUUAAAAUUCAUUAAUUCAGCAAAUAUUUUUUAAUAUUUAAUAAGUGCCAAACAUGAUUGGCAUCCAGAACUAAAGACAUGAUAGAGGUCAUUUGCCAAUGCUACGGGGUGAGGCAAAAAUAAUUUAUUUGUUUUAAUGUGUUAAGUGUGAUCAUGUCCAGAGAAGAGGUCUUGAAAGUGAGACCACUACUGAGAAUAGGUAGUAGGGAGCCAAUACCUAAAUUCAAGACUCAGUGUUAGGCAGGCAAACUGUGGUGGAAAGCUGAGAACCUUGACGUCUGUUUCCACUGUUAAUCUAUACAGAUGUUUGAGUUUCAGAUUAUUCACUAAGGGUGGAAAAAGGAAUUUGCAUGUAGAGGCUAUGGGCACUCAAAAUUAGAUUUCUAGGUUUUACAGCACGGCCUUGUAUAAUAAAUUUCUGAUCAUUUACAUAGCUAACAAUCACAAUGUUUUCUAUACAGCAGAGCUAUGACACACACACUUCAGGAGAGGUGCAACCUUUGAAUGUUUCACUCUGAACUUGUAGUGAUGUAAUUGACCACAUGAUGAUAGUACUUGAAAGGUGGUCAAGGGAUUUUUCAAAUGCCUUUAGGGACCUUUAAAAAUGUAAUUAGUAGGUUGAUUGCGUUUGUAUAGAUUUAUCUCCUCUCAUGGGGGGAGGGCGGCAGAGUGGGUAAAGGUGCUUACUGCCCGAUAGUGAAACAUCCUGAAAACCUGUGUUUGAUCUCUGAAUUUAUGUGAAGGUGGAAAAGAAAAGAAAGGAGCCUCCAAAGUUGUCCUCUGACCUGGAUUUCCCCAUCCAUUAUAAAUGCACUGAUGAUAACAAAAUUGAAAAAUAAAAUCCUUGAAAGAACA